AUGCCAUUUCAGGUCUGGUUCCAGAAUCGGCGUACAAAGUGGCGGAAAAAAGAAGCAGCAGAUAAUGCGUUGGUAAAACGUGGCGAAACGCUUGAUUCUACGGGACGCUCACAACAGUUACGUGGUUUAGCGUCGUUCUUAUCACCAUCCAGUUGA